CUCUCUCUCCCAGCUCUGCUCUCUUCUUUCGACACCGCCCGGCGCCAAUCUCAGGCAAAAAGCUCAGCACGCAGCUGCUACACGGGAGGAUGGAGGUGGAGAUGCAGCUGGACGACGACCUCUUCUUCGCGGAGCUCAGCAAGAGGAUCUCCCUCCUCAUCACCGACGACGACGACGCCGACUUCGCCGUCGCCGCCGCCGCCGCCGUGCAGUUCCCCGACGCCAUGCACCUCCCACCUGUGAGCAUCCCUUUUCCUUUUAACUCUCCAGCUCGCCCUUCCUCAUUUCUUCCGGCGCGCGCGCCGCCACAUGCAUGGAUGUUGUGAUCAGGCUAGUUAGCUCUGCUUCCGUUGGGUUCUUGCUGGAGCUAGCUGCUGAGCUGAGAGCUCCUUCUCGACCGGUAGUUAGUUAGUUGGUGCUAGCAGUACAGCUCGGUAGUUGCGGCUAGCACGACCACAUGGUUGCACUUGCGCGCGACCAAAUCAAACCAAAUCACACCAAACUCAACUUUCUUCUCCCCUGAUUAAAACUGGCAGCACAGCUCGACAACACAAAGCCAUCUUGC